CUCCUCCUCCUCCUCCUCCUCCUCCUCCUCCACCUCGAGGGCGGCUGAUUUUCCGUGGCCUUUCUGGCUCGAGCCAGGCCGGAGCUUCCGCGUCGCACCGCGCUCCGCCGCUCCCCGCAGGUCUUCAAGCCACGAUGGCCCCCGCGGCGUCCGUCGGCCUGCUCCUGCCGCUGGCUGGCCUGGCACCGCUCGGCGCCGCCCGCGCGGACGCGGCCGCCAGGUUUGAGCAGUUCAAGGCGGAGCACGGGAAGCGCUACGCCACCGCCGCCGAGGAGAGCCUCCGCCUUGCGAACUUCGCGGAGUCCCUGGCCACGGUCGAGCGGCACAAUUCUCGACCAGGGCGGACUUGGGAGAUGGGGGUCAACCAGUCUGCGGCCCAGCUGCCCUGAUAUGCCCGUUCUGAAGCGCAACACGUGCCCUGUGCAGAACGUCCGUGUUGACACGCUGCGUGUUGGUUCGGCACGUGUUGGCCCACGUUCUGGCGAUCGCGGUGCGCCAGACCUACGUUUCCAGCGCACGUGUUGAGCUGCGUAUCAAUACGCCACGUGCUGCGUGUUGCGUAUCGGGGCAGCCAAGGUUUUCGGACAUGAGCGACGAUGAGUUCAAGAAGCAUGUGCUCAUGACGCCCCAGGACUGCUCGGCGACACGGGGCGCGACCCGCAGCGCGCCGCCGGCGGCGCGGGACCUGCCGGAGCACGUUGACUGGCGCGAGAAGGGGGUUAUCUCUGAGGUGAAGAAUCAGGGACAUUGUGGCAGCUGCUGGACGUUCGCCAGCGUCGGAUGCCUGGAGGCGCACAUGUCGAUAAAGUACGACUCCUGGCGGGCCCCGCGGCUCGCGGAACAGCAGCUGGUGGACUGCGCGCAGGACUUCGACAACCACGGCUGCAACGGCGGCCUGCCCUCCCAUGCCUUCGAGUAUGUGCGCGCUGCGGGAGGCCUCUCGACCGAAUUCCACUACCCGUACACGGCCAAGGACGGCAUGUGCGCCUUCAGCGACGCCGCCGCCCACAGCCCCGGGGGCGGCUUCCGGCCCACCUCCGCGGGCGUCGGCGUCGAGGUGCCAGGGGGCUCGGUCAACAUCACCGUCGGCGACGAGGACAGUCUGAAGUACUACCUCGCCACCACCGGUCCGGUAACCAUCGCGUACCAGGUGGCCAGCGACUUCCGGCACUACAGCCGGGGGGUCUAUACCUCGACGGUCUGCAAAAAUGGCUCCAAGGACGUCAACCACGCGGUCCUGGCCGUGGGCUACGGCACGGACGCGGGCAGCGGCCUGCGGUACUGGACGAUCAAGAACAGUUGGGACUACAGUUUCGGCGAGGAGGGCUUCUUCAAGAUCGAGGCCUUCAAGAAUAUGUGCGGCGUCGGCGACUGCAUGGCCUUCCCAGACUUGUACGGCGUGGACGCAGCGGCGGGCACGCCCAUCGUGGUGUGAUGGGGGGGCUGGUGCGCGUGCUGUUCCCGCGCGGGGUCUGCGCGCGACGCGCGCGCACGCGCCACGUACCGGCGCUCUGUCGAUAUAGUAGGUACGUUUUUCGUUCGGCAUGCGUCGCCCAGCAGCCGCUGACGCUUGCUGCGUGCGGGUUGCAAGGGAAACGAUCAGACACGUUGGUUACAGCAGUUCUUCACCGUAAGGCCUCUCAUGAGCCGCCGAACUCAUCCAAGAAUCCCUCC